ACAUAUUAUUUAAUGUGUUUAUUUAAAUUCUCCUUAAAAUAAUUCUAUUUUCAUGGAAUAAAGAUAAUAAGUACUAACAGGUAACUGGAUAGGCCCAGGAUCAAGGAUGAUUGACUGACCAUCACACUGGGCUUCCCCACAGUAUUUUAGACAAAAUAAAUUUCCAAUUUCUUUUAAAUAUAUGACUAACCACAACGCUAAGAUCAACCCAAGUUUUUUUCCAAGGGCUGUAAAGGACCAGUACUCUACUUGGUAACAAUGGCUUCAAGAGGUUAUCAGUCUGGAACAAACAUAAAUUUAACUAGAAAGUUCGGGUUUAUAUUUUACAGUCAACCACCUGAGACAUGCAUGAACAACAAAUGGCCUAUAAAUGCCAUCUGCUGACUUUUUAUAUUUUCAUGUUAACAUUUUCCCUUUAAAGAUGCGUAGCCAGCUCUAAGCAAAUAAAUGAAAAUUUCAGACGUUUAGAAAUAAAUGUCUCCAUUCUUUAAUUUUGUUUCCGUUCUAUCAGACGUUGAAUGUGUAUCGUGGACAUUUUUUCAGAGUAAAAAGCUAUUAUUACAAAACUAUGAUUAUUUUAUAAAGGCAGCAAAACUUGGGUAAGCAAAGGUGGAGAACAACAUACGCAUUGUACAUCCUUGUAGACUUUUAAAGUUAUUUUUUAAAAAUGAAUAUGCUGUGUACCGUUUUGUAACUUUUAUCGCCUAGGACUCUCAGUAUCUUUGCACAUUUAUUUUAUUCUACAGUACUCACCUGUAGAAUUAUCUUAAAUGGCUGCCUGGUAUUUGGAUGUACCGCAAAUUAUACAACAAAUGUCCUGACCUUUGGAAUUCCUCACUAUUAGAAACAGCAUUGAGAAGCAUAGUAGUAACUUUUGAGAUUACAGUCAUUUCCUUUCCUAGGAUUCCAGUGGAAUAUGAUGGCGUCCCUUCUCUGCCAACAUGGGAAUAUUUAGGCAUUACCAAUGCCUCUCCCAAAAAAUUUCCUUUGUGCUGAGCGAAAAUACUAUUUUACCGCGUUAUGCGCAGGUUUUUGACUACCUGGGAGUCACUGAAAGACAGUACUGAGGAGUAGCUUUAAAAACCUGGCAGGACCAAGGCAGCCCAGACGACCGACCUCAAAACAGGGCGACGCCGAGCAACGUCAACAGGCUGAGGCGCGCUCCUGUGUGACGCUGCGUGCGAGGUUGUAGGAAUGUGUUUCUGAUCAUCCGAAAUCUCAGCCAUGUGGUCAAACCGAUUAGGAAAUUUCCUAAAAGUUGCAAGCACUCAUCUUCUGUAUUCAAGAUUGUGCCAGCGGUUAAUAAGAAAUAAAAGGAGGUUUUUUGGAACAGUGCCAACAUCCAGAUUGAGUAGGAGAGUUGUCAUUACAGGGAUUGGCUUAGUGACUCCUCUUGGUGUUGGAACCCAGCUAGUAUGGGAUCGGCUUCUCCAGGGACAAAGUGGAAUUGUUUCACUGGUUGGUGAAGAGUAUAAAAAUAUCCCUUGCAGUGUUGCUGCUUAUGUGCCAAGAGGUUUUGAUGAAGGUCAGUUCAAUGAACAAAACUUUGUGUCCAGGUCAGAUGUCAAGUCCAUGUCUUCUCCCACCAUCAUGGCCAUUGGGGCAGCAGAAUUAGCCUUGAAAGAUUCCGACUGGCAUCCUCAGUCAGAAGCUGAUCAAGUGACUACUGGUGUUGCAAUUGGGAUGGGAAUGGUGCCCCUUGAAAUUGUUUCUGAAACUGCUUUGAUGUUUCAGACAAAAGGGUACAAUAAAGUCAGUCCAUUUUUUGUCCCUAAGAUUCUGAUUAACAUGGCUGCAGGCCAGGUCAGUAUUCGAUAUAAAUUCAAGGGCCCUAACCAUGCGGUAUCCACAGCCUGUACCACAGGAGCUCAUGCUGUGGGAGACUCUUUCAGAUUUAUAGCCCAUGGUGAUGCUGAUGUAAUGGUGGCUGGAGGUACAGAUUCUUGUAUCAGUCCUUUAUCUCUUGCUGGGUUUUCCAGAGCUCGGGCUCUAAGCACAAACUCAGAUCCUAAGGUGGCAUGUCGACCAUUUCAUCCGAAGAGAGAUGGUUUUGUAAUGGGAGAAGGUGCAGCCGUGCUGGUGCUAGAAGAAUAUGAACAUGCUGUUCAGAGAAAGGCCCAGAUCUAUGCAGAAGUUUUGGGCUAUGGACUCUCAGGUGAUGCUGGUCACAUGACUGCCCCUGAUCCUGAAGGAGAAGGUGCCUUAAGAUGUAUGGCUGCUGCUAUAAAAGAUGCAGGUAUACAACCUGAAGAGAUAUCCUAUGUCAACGCACAUGCUACUUCUACACCAUUGGGAGAUGCUGCCGAAAACAAAGCUAUCAAGCAUCUCUUCAAAGACCAUGCAUAUGCCCUGGCAGUUUCCUCAACAAAGGGAGCCACAGGACAUCUGCUGGGUGCUGCAGGUGUGGUUGAGGCCGCUUUUACUGCACUUGCUUGUUACCAUCGAAAACUGCCACCUACUUUAAACCUGGAUUGUACAGAACCAGAAUUUGAUCUCAAUUAUGUUCCACUAAAGGCACAAGAAUGGAAAACUGAUAAAAGGUGUAUUGGACUCACCAAUUCCUUUGGAUUUGGUGGUACAAAUGCAGCACUUUGUAUUGCUGGCAUAUAGGACAAAUCCUGUGUAAUAAAACAUUGGCUUUUAUAUAUAUAUAUAUAUAUAUAUAAAUACUGAAAUAUCUUUUAUCUACAUUAAGGUUUCUCAACCUCGCACUGUGUUGGUAUUGGUAUGGGAUAAUUCACUGUUGAGUGAAGGAGGUCUUGUGCAUUGUAGGUUGUUUGACAGCAUCUUGGUCUCUUCCUACUAGAUUCCAGUAACAACUCCUUCCCUAAUCAUGACAACCAGAAAUAUCUCUAAAUAUUGCUGAUAGACCAAAUAACCCACCCUUAAGGACAGCUGAUCUGUUUUCCUAAUAUUCUAGAUCAGACAACUUCUGUAUUUCAUGUGCUUCUAUCCAUUUCAUAGAUAUUUAUAGAGCAGCUCCUCUUUCUGGGCAGGGUUGUUAAAUGGUACAAUUCUAGGCACAUUAUUCAUAUUAUUCAGAAUAUAGGAAGGAAUGUAUAACUGCAUGUUUCAUCAUCAGUCAACAUUCUUUGAGUAUAACUGUCAACCUGUAAUGAUCUGUUUUCCCCUUACCUAUUCUACCCUGUUUUCUUUGUGUUACUUAUUCUGUAAUUCAGUAAAUUAAUUAAAUUUCCCUAACCCACCAAGCUAUUGGUUCUCUGAAAGAAGGAAAUAAAAAUUAAUUGUCAUUCAUUCUGGCACCGAGUGAUUAACAGAGAUAAAGAUCUUCGAAAUAGAAAUUGUUGGUGACCAGGCCAUAUCCCUUCAGCCUACCUCUUUGCAGUGAUGACAGUAUCAUGUGUUCCUCCAACUUUUCCACCACAAGUGCUAGUGGACCUUCUACUUUUCUUCCUUGAGGAUUUCUCAAAAACUAAAUGAUCUGAUUCAUUCCCAGAAGACUGGAAAUGCUCGAGGUGGGGGUUGCGGCCUCAGCAGAGGCAGCACUCAGCCAGUGAACAGGACAGCUGCUAAGAGCCUCAAGCCUCCCUUUAGAGGAAGGGCUGACCGGAUUCCCAGUCAGCUAGAGCUUCAGUUGCCCACAGUAUUAACCAAAUCAGCAAUAUCUUCCUUACUGGCUUUUUUCUUCUCUGUCCUUCUUUCCUGUUUGUGUUUUGAGACAGAGUCUUGCUAUGUAGUUCAGG